CCCCGGGUUGUGACUACAGCCAGCAUCCGACCUUCUGUCUAUCAGUCAGGGGCCCCUUCCUGGUGGCCAUGGGUCGCUCCUGGCACCCGGAGGAGUUCAACUGUGCCUACUGCAAGACCUCCCUGGCAGAUGUGUGCUUUGUGGAGGAGCAGAACAAUGUCUACUGUGAGCGGUGCUACGAGCAGUUCUUUGCCCCACUCUGUGCCAAGUGCAACACCAAAAUCAUGGGGGAAGUGAUGCAUGCCCUGAGACAGACCUGGCACACCACCUGCUUCGUCUGUGCAGCCUGCAAGAAGCCCUUUGGAAACAGCCUCUUCCACAUGGAAGAUGGGGAGCCCUACUGUGAGAAAGACUACGUGAAUCUGUUCAGCACCAAGUGUCACGGCUGUGAUUUCCCCGUGGAAGCUGGUGACAAGUUUAUUGAAGCCCUGGGACAUACCUGGCAUGAUACUUGCUUCAUUUGCGCAGUCUGCCAUGUGAACCUGGAGGGUCAGCCCUUCUACUCCAAGAAGGACAAGCCCCUGUGUAAGAAGCACGCACAUGCAAUCAACGUGUAGGCCCGGGCAUCUGGGGCCCACCGGGCCUGGGAGCUGCUGCCGCUGCGAGCAAGAGAGGAUUCUUGGAGGCUGGUGUUUCUUUUGGG